GAAGCAGGAAGUGAGGAAAAACGAAACUAAAUCCUAUCAGUGUUCGUGGUAAAAUGGCAGAAACCAGUGUCGCAGUGGAUCCGAACCAGUUCAACUGUCCAAUCUGUCUGGAUUUACUAAAGGAUCCAGUGGCUAUUCCCUGUGGGCACAGUUACUGUAUGAGCUGCAUAAAGAGCUGCUGGGAUCAGAAGGAUCGUCUUGGAGUUUACAGCUGCCCCCAGUGCAGACAGACCUUCAUACCCAGACCUGUUCUGGGCAGAAACACCAUACUGGCUGAAGUGGUGGAGAACAUGAAGAAGACUGGACUACAAGCAACUACUCCUGCUGACCAUUAUGCUGGACCUGGAGAUGUGAAGUGUGACAUCUGUACUGGGAGAAAACACAAAGCUGUCAAGUCCUGCCUGGUGUGUCUGGCCUCUUACUGUGAAUCUCACCUCCAGCCUCACUAUGAGUCUCCAGCUUUUAAGAAGCACAAGCUGACUGAUGCCUCUGGACAUCUGCAGGACAAGGUCUGUUCCCACCAUGACAAACCCCUGGAGGUCUACUGCCGUACCGACCAGCAGUGUAUCUGUUACCUCUGUACGAUGGAUGAACACAGAGGCCAUGAUACAGUCUCAGCUGCUGCAGGAAGGACGGAGAUACAGAAACAAAUGAGUGAAACACAGAGGGAAUUUCAGCAGAGAAUUCAGAUGAGAGAGAAGGAGCUGCAGGAGCUGAGAGAGGCUGUGGGCUCAGUCACAAGCUCAGCACAGUCAGCAGUGGAGGCCAGUGAGAGGAUCUUUACUGAGAUGAUCCGCUCCAUUGAGAGAAGACGCUCUGAGGUGACAAAGCUGAUCAGAGAUCAGGAGAAGGCUGUAGUGAGCCACACUGAAGGAGACAUGAAGAGACUGAAGCAGGAUAUUGAUGAACUGAAGAGGAGACACUCUGAGCUGGAGCAGCUUUCACACACAGAGGAUCACAUCCAUUUCCUCCAGAGGUACCAGGCUCUUCCUGUCACCCCUGAAGCUGGAUUUGGACCCAGAAUCUCCGUCAGUCCACGCUGCUCUUUUGAGAACAUGAGGAAGGUGGUUUCUGAGCUGAAGGAUCAACUGGAGAAUGUUUGCGAAAAGAAAAUGGCAGAGAUCCAUCAUACAGUUACCAAAGACACCGUCCUACCAGUAUUAUUGCCCAGGACCAGAUCAGAAUUCUUACAAUACUCCUGCCAGCUGAUGCUGGACCCCAACACAGCAAACAGACGCCUGUCUCUGUCAGACGGGAAUAGGAAGGCGACACUGGGGGCAAAGCAGCCAUAUCCUAAUCAUCCAGAGAGAUUUGACUGCCGGUCCCAAGUUCUGUGCAGAGAGAGUCUGACUGGUCGCUGUUACUGGGAGGCUGAGUGGAGUGGAAAUGGAGCCCGGAUAGGAGUGACUUAUAAAGGAAUCGGGAGGAAAGGACACAGUGCUGAAUGUCGCCUUGGAUUCAAUGACAAGUCAUGGAUGCUGCGCUGCACUCCUGACAGUUACUCUGUCCAACACAAUAAUGAACAUACUGUUAUACCAAUAGAGCCUUCAGGCUCCCGCAGAGUAGGAGUGUAUCUGGACUGGGCGGCUGGUACUCUGUUCUUCUACAGAGUCUCCUCUGAUGGACUGACCCUCCUUUACAGCUUCACCUCCUCAUUCACUGAAACCCUCUAUCCAGGGUUUUGGGUUUUUAAAAACGCCUCCGUGUCGCUGUGCAUGCUGGGAUAGCUCACUGUGUGCUAGAGGAAUCAUUUUUACCGUAUCAGUGUGUCACAUGUCGCUGCUUCACCGGCAAAAAGGUAAAAUCUCUGCUUUUUAACCAGUAUAACCCUUUUUACUCUGAAGUGUGACGUAUGUUAGACAGAAAUAAAUUAAUGGUUCAGUUUGCCAAACUCAUGCAAAAUGACUUUUGUUCUAUGUUGUCUGUUAAUGCAGCAAAACUACCAGAACAAUUUCAUAGUACAUGCAAUUGUACCAAUACAGUGAAUUCUGAUUCUGAAUAAAAUAAAAUGUAAUGAAAUGUAAGCCUGAUGAGUGGGGGGGCUUUUCCCCUCCCCUUGUAUGUACAUUUUAUAUAUAUCUGUCUGUAUAUUGUAUUUGCUGCCUGUACACUGACAAAGGCUUUAUAUUCCAACCUAUUAAUGUCCUGGUUCCGCUCUGCUCAAAGCGUGAGGUAACUGGGUAACCAAAAACAUAUGAUUAAAUAAAUUCACUUUACUGUAAUUGAACAUAAAUAUCACGAUUAGAUUAAAUCAGCAUAUAUAAUAACCAUGUAAAAGGAGACGGGAGGUAUAAUAGCGAAAUAUUCUCAAAUAAAAGUCUUCAUAUUU